UUGAACCUUCGAUAGCUCUGACUCGGCUAUUUCUACCAGCUCGAUUUUCUCCUGACCUCGGCUGCCGCCACGAGCAAACUUCCGUCUCACGUCUUCGUCUAGAUUCUGAUCAGCAGAACCGGCUGCCAUGGCAGGAACCUUUUCCUUCGGCGCACUCAAGGGCGCGAGCCCAGCGGAAGUACAUCAGUUCGUGGAGGAGGAGCAGCGCCGAUUCGAUGCGGAGGUCGCGGAGGUCGAGGCGUGGUGGGCGUCUGGUCGGUUUUCUCUCACCAACCGGCCGUACACCGCCAGGGACGUCGUUCGCCUCCGGGACAGCCUCCCCAAGAUGUACCCGUCCGGCGUGCAAGCUAAGAAGCUGUACGCGACUCUAAAGAGGCACCAGGCCAACGGCACGUGCUCGCGCACGUUCGGAUCGCUGGAUCCGGUGCAGGUGACGCAGAUGGCCAAAUACCUGGACUCGAUCUACGUGUCGGGGUGGCAGUGCGCGUCGACGGCGGCGUCGUCGAACGAGCCUGGGCCGGACCUGGCGGACUACCCGUACGACACGGUGCCCAACAAGGUGGAGCACCUCUUCCUCGCGCAGUCGUUCCACGACCGCAAGCAGCGCGAGGCUCGAUUCAACAUGACCAAGGAGGAGCGCGCGCGCUCGCCGUUCGUCGACUACCUGGCGCCCAUCAUCGCGGACGCCGACACGGGGUUCGGCGGCAUCAGCGCGACGGUGAAGCUGGUGAAGAUGUUUGUGGAGCGCGGCGCGGCGGGCAUCCACAUGGAGGACCAGGCGUCGGUGACGAAGAAGUGCGGGCACAUGGCGGGCAAGGUGCUCGUGUCCACGCAGGAGCACAUCAACCGCCUGGUGGCGGCGCGCCUGCAGAUGGACAUCAUGGGCACGGAGACGGUGCUGGUGGCGCGCACGGACGCGGAGGCGGCGACGCUCAUCAUGACCAACGUGGACAAGCGCGACCACGCCUUCAUUCUCGGCGCCACCAACCCGCGCCUGCGCGACCAGCCGCUCGUGCAGGUGAUGGCGGACGCGCAGGCGGCGGGAAAGACGGGGCAGCAGCUGCAGGCCAUCGAGGACCAGUGGACGGCGGCGGCGGGGCUGCGCCUCUUCGCGGACGCCGUCGCCGACGCCAUCCGCGCGCUGCCGCUGGCGGAGGGCGAGCGCGCGCGGCGCCUGGAGCAGUGGUCUGCGCAGGCGGGCGCGGUGUCGAACGCGGAGGGGCGCGCGCUGGCGGCGAAGCUGGGCGUGACGGAGCUGUUCUGGGACUGGGACCUGCCGCGCACGCGCGAGGGCUACUACCGCUUCCAGGGCAGCACCAAGGCGUGCGUGGCGCGCGGCAUCGCGUUCGCGCCGCACGCGGACCUGGUGUGGAUGGAGACGGCGAAGCCGACCAUCAGCCAGGCGCGCGAGUUCGCGGAGGGCGUGAAGGCGGCGCACCCGCAGCUGAUGCUGGCGUACAACCUGUCGCCGUCGUUCAACUGGGACGCGUCCGGCAUGAGCGACGCGCAGAUGGCGGAGUUCAUCCCUGCGCUCGCGCGCAUGGGCUUCUGCUGGCAGUUCAUCACGCUCGCCGGCUUCCACGCCAACGCGCUCGUCACCGACACGUUCGCGCGCGACUACGCGGCGCGCGGCAUGCUGGCGUACGUGCAGGACAUCCAGCGCCAGGAGCGCGCGUUCGGCGUGGAGACGCUGGCGCACCAGAAGUGGUCCGGCGCCAGCUACUACGACUCGCUCAUGAAGACCGUCACGGGCGGCGUCUCCUCCACCGCCGCCAUGGGCCACGGUGUGACUGAGGAUCAGUUCGGCUCAGCAGCAGCCGCCGCCUCUGGCGCGUCGCAUCUGCUCGCUUCUCUGUGAUUCUCAAGUUAUGAUGAUCCGCCUUGGUACGAUGCCACAUGUGCAUCGCUUGUAAGCCCGUCGGUCUUCUGGGCAUGCAGCCAAAGAGCGAAAUGGGCUAGCAACAGGCAGUGGCUUUUCCACUGGUUGAUCAGAGGCUUCUUCCUUUGGGAGUUGCCCUGAUUGAUUGGUGCUUGGCACAGCUUGGCACGUCUUCAUAUGUAAAGGACAGAAGAGCAGAGCAGUCACCGUAGUUUGUGUUUCCAUAGCGCGAGCUUUCCUAUUCUUUACUGUAUUUUGUACGACAUUCGCUAUUUUUAAUGAUACAUUUUUGCUCCAGAU